GUCCGAACAAAUAAUCCCAGUCAGACUGUUUUUAUCACUUCACUUCUCUUCUCUUCGUCAAAAUGGCAGACAAAGAAAAUUCAAGCUCUUUUGUUGCCACAUUUGACAAACUGAUCUCUGACGAUGACUCCGGCACAGAAGAGAACACUUUCUACUCGAGCCAAGAGAAACAGCAAGUGUCCAUGUCCAUGCCGAGGCCCGAAUCCAUUUGGAAUCAUUACAGGCUGCUCACAGUGAUCCUGGCAGUGCUCGCUGUCAUUCUACUGGCCAUUGACAUCGGCCUGGGAGUCUAUUACAACCAACUCACUGGUGGGCAGCAAACAAUAACAGACAUCAACAGGGAGGUGGCCAAACUGCAGGCUAGUUACAACGCUGCCAUCCAAAGCAGGAUGGAAGUCAAGAAGCAGCUGGACAGAGAACUCAGUGAGCGGCAGCAAAUCAAGUGGGAGUUAGAACAUCAGAGCAGAAGAUCCAAAGACUACGAAAAGCAGAUUGUCAGAAUUCAAGAUGAAAUCUCAGGGUUGAAAUCCCACAUACCACUACUCAACAAGGGUUGCAGACACUGUAUCCCGGGGUGGACGUUCAUGAACCAUAAAUGUUACUACAUUGCUUUCUCUGAAACCCAUAAACGUAGAUCGUGGAAUGACGCCAGACAGUUCUGCAAAAAGUGGGGAAGCGACUUGGCAGUGAUAGACACUGUGGAAAAAACCGUGUCUAUAACUAACUUGGUAAAUAGUUAUCACGAUCCCUCGAGAUCCAUUGCUAUGAGUGGCUUCUGGAUUGGACUGAGAGAUGUGGAGGAGGAGAACACUUGGAAAUGGCUGGAUGGAAGAGGAAUUCUUGAGUCGUACUGGAACGACGGCGAGCCCAAUAAUGUGAACAAUGAGGAUUGUGCAGCUACGUAUCCCAGGGAAAACCCCUUUAAGGCCUGGAACGACGCUCCAUGCAGUUACAACCUCAAAUGGAUUUGUGAAAUGGAACCACUGGCCACAAGUUAAUGCAAUUUUUUUUUCAAGGUUUAAUUCAAGUGUAAUUGUUUGAAAGAACAACUAACUGCACCUUCAAGAUUUUCUAACAUCUUCCAAAUUAUUCCUUUUAUUGUCACAUCAAUAUUUUGCUGAGAAUACAA